AGGCCCUGCAGCUUGUUGCAAGAUGUUUCUGCUGCUCUUGCUGCGCCUGCCGACACCAGCCCCUGCAGGGGAGAUGCCAGGUUGCAGAAUAAUGUCCGUGUUUCACUCCGGAUCGUCCCAUCCUCUUGGGGGACGGGAAAGGGAAAUGACUGCAGUAGCAGCGGCUCAGGAGCCGGUGACCUUCGAAGAGGUGGCUGUGUAUUUCACCGAGGAGGAGUGGGCUCUGCUGGACCCGGGUCAGAGAGCCCUGUACAGGGAUGUCAUGCAGGAGAAUUAUGAGAAUGUGACCUCGCUGGGUAAGGAUCCCUGUCCCCUCGGGAAGUAGAAGCUGGAGGAUGGGGGCUGUCUCUGAAGUCCCUGGUUGGCUUCUGGUCAAGGUUCUUUCCUGGUCCCUUAGAUUUAAAGGGGAUCAGGCUACACCCCCACCCAGCCUGCCUAUGUGAUAGCGGUGCCAGGCACAGCACGGAGGAACUCUUACUAGGGCAACUUCUUUGGUGACUGUCUGCUUCCUGCUAACUUGCCCCAGUACAGGGUUACACCCUUGUGUGAGAAACUUUUAUUUUUUCCCAGCAUGCUUUCCUGAGGCUGGCCCUUUUAAAUUUACCAGAAACAACCAAGCCUCAGCCUGUUUUGCAACUCUCCACUGCUGGCUGAAUCUCUCUCACAUGGCUGGUACUGGUCUGUUUUCCCUUUGUCGGUGCUGAGGGGAUGGCACGUUCUCCAGGUGCCCAGAAUUCAAUGAGAGAGACUGGCUUCCUCCGCACCUCCUCUCCAGGGUUAGGGGAGCAAGAUACAUAUUGGAGAUGCUAAUUCCUCCAACCCCAGAGCUUUCAAAGGUCAGAAAGGUGGAAUUUGCCUGUCCGUAUGUAACACCGACAGAUCCCAGUUGUCAGCGGGCGGGAUUGAACCUGGGACCUCUGAAGCUAA